CCUAACUAGGGUUCAGAGGCCUCUGGCAGAACCUCUAGUUCAAUGUCACGUGCCCAGGCGAUCAGGUGCCUCACCGCCUUCCUCUCCUGUUUCAAUUGGUCAGUUUCUAGAGUUUAUUUCAUUAUAUGGGACCAAUUUUCAACCUGCUUUGGCUCAGCCAAUUGAAACCAACCUUUUAGAGACCGCCGUGCAAAUCCAGCAGAAUCCUACCGCUUUGGGUGCCUCAGGCAUGCAGCUUGACCCUAGUAUUCUAGAUCACGUGCUUCAGGACUUCCUCCAGGAUGCCUCUGCUACAUUUCGAUCCCCUGAGCAACGUGAGGCAUUUAGGGUUAUGAUGACUAAACCACCUUACCUACAUGUGAUCCUUCCAACUGCAGGUGGUAAAACUACGCUAUUCCUGAUUGGGGCUAGCCUGGCUACUAGUAAAACCACGAUUAUUAUAUCCCCCCUGGUUGCUUUGAAAAUUGACCUGUUUCAGAAGGCCACUGCCUCUGGAUUACAGCCAAUUAUAUGGGACGAGUCACAUGAUACGCCUAGUUGUCGCGUUAGGGUUCUACUGGUUCAAAUUGAGCACGUGACCAACCCUAAAUUCAUUGGAAUGCUAAAUGAGCUGGUUUCUACAGGUCAUGUGGAUCGUAUGGUCUGGGAUGAAUGUCACAUGAUCCCGCUGACUAAGGACUAUAGGACCAAUAUGUAUAGGGUUUACCAAGCCCUAAUUGCCUCAGUUCCCAUGGUUUUUAGUACAGCAACGUUCCCAGGCCGCCUGCAGGCAGAAUUUGAGGAUAAUAUGGCGCUAGGCUUAAUCCGGCCAAUUCCCAUGGGUUAGGGGAUGAGCUGAAGCCUCUGCAGGAGUUCCUAGUUCAGGUAGACAGUCAGGUGACUUCUCCUAGUGGUAUGAAGCCUCACGUGAUCAUUUUCAUGAGAUCUAGGGCUAAGAUUGAUGAGAUGAUUACUAAGCUUCAGGGCUUAGGGCUAGGGGACCAAUUUGCUCAUUUUCAUGCUAAGGUCCCAGAGGUUGAAAAACAGGCAGAACUUGACCGCUUUCUAGGUGGUAAAGCACGUAUUCUGCUUGCUACUACUGCCCUUGGUGCUGGAUUCGAUUUUAGUCACGUGGAUGUGGUUAUUCAUUGGCGUGGGUCCUAUUCCUUCUGUGACUUCAUGCAGGAAUCAGGCAGAACUGGGCGGUCUACAGGGCGGCCUGGCUGGUCAUUCUGUGCAGUUACUGACUAUGACCGUCAACCACGUGACUCUAAUUCAGUGGAGGAGGUAGAGUUCAAAAAAUACCUCAAUGAGCGCAUUUGCCGGCGAGCUGCUAUUUCAAGGUAUUUUAAUGGGUUUGACCAGUCAUGUGAGCCUGGAAUGACGUCAUGUGACCUCUGUACAAUGAAACAGAACCAGGCUAGCCGUGUUCAGCAGGCGGUGAGGCAGAGGCAGCAGGAAUCUGCCCGUCAAAUUGAGUGGUUUGCUGAGGCAGUCAGAUUCUGGCAGGAGAGGGGAUGCCUGAGGUGUUUUUACCACUAUUGGAUUAUGUAUUCAUUGAAACCAGACAUUGAUAAGGAUCCUUCACCUGACCAAUUUAUUGGUCAUGGGACUGAAGCUUGCCCUAAUCCUAAGCUAGAUCGCUAUGUGAAACAGCUUAGUAAGCUGCGGAAGCAUCUAGAACCUAGGGCUGAAACAUGUUGUUUCACAUGCUUCCUUCCUACAAAGGUCUGCAAGGGUCCUCUAGCUGGUGACACGUGCUUUGCUCCUAGUUUAGUAGGCUUUAAUUGGUCACUAAGCAAGGAGUUUAGGCAGCAGAAAUGGGCGGUGAGUAGUGAAUACUAUCCACUAGAUAUUCUGCCAGCAGAAAUGUCACAUGAGUCCUUUACUAGGUGGAAGUGGGAUACAGGGUUGGAGACUGAGCUAAUUAGGGCUGCAGAGUUACUCUGGUUGCUUAGUAAGCACCUUAGUAAUUCUAGGGAUAUAAGGAUUAGUAAGCUAUUUAGCUUUACUAUCUAGUUUGUCUACUUUGUCUGUCUAUCUCGUUUGUCUAUUUAUCUGGUUUAUCUACUUUGUUUAGUUUGUUUAGUUUGUCUUAAUA